GAAAAGCUGUUUUAGCCCUUUCUGACAGAAUCUUCUACAUCACUGAAUACAGCCCAAUCGAAGGGGUGAGGAUCCUGGAAUUUGAGAGCCUACAUGUUACCAGCAACAACAAAGGCACGGGCUGUAAAUCUGAGCUAUGGGACUGUGGUGGCGAUGCUAAGUUCAAGUCCUGCUGGCCAGCCCUGAUGAAGGAUGCUCAUGAGGUGGUGAUUGUCUUCAGUGCUGACAUCCCAAGCCACCGGAAGGAAAUGGAAAUGUGGUACUCCUGCUUAGUCCAGCAGCAGUCCUUAUGGGACACACAGUGUAUGCUAAUUGCACACCACAAACCAGGAUCUGGAGAUGUUAAAGGAAGCCUGUCUUUGUCACCACCCCUGAACAAACUGAAGCUGGUGCACUUGAACCUGGAAGAUGACGCUGAGGAGACCCAGAUGGAAUUCAUAAAUUAUUUAAAAGGCAUAAUCAACUCCAUGUCUGAGAGCAGAGACAGGGAGAUGUCAAUUAUGACCCAGCCAGCCUCCACCUGGCACUGCCACAGCCCCAGUGAAAUCAGCAUCUUUCUCAAUGAAGAUCUGAAAUUGCAUCCAGCUACUCAUGGUUUCUUCUCCCUGUGACAGCAGAGGAAAUCUUCCUACCUACAGGAAGGCACCAGUCAUGCAGGGUGUUCACUCAGACCAUCUAUGCUCUGUCCUGAGUUCAGUUGAGAAAAUCCCAUCAUUGAAUUCGGAUUUCCUAGCCCCAGAACUUCCCAAAGAGCUAUGAAUGGUGGGAUUUACCACCUUCAGGUGUGUCCCGUUAUACAGUUUGUGGAAUUGUAACAACCAUCGUAGCCCAAUGAUACAACGGUAGUUUCAUCAUGUG